AGUUAAUCAUUCAUUUUGGGGUCCGGCAGCUGCGGUGCUACAAAUCGAGCGUCUCUCGUCCGUUAGGGGCGCUUGCUGAUAGCUGUGUUGAAGAGCGAAUGAACGGGGCAAAGAUGGACGACUCCCGGGACGUUCAAACGUCCAAGAGGAACGGCGGCUCCAGGUCGUUUCUGUCUUCCACCUCUGCUGUCGCGAUGGAGAUCAAACGGAAGAAAAUACGAGAGAGUUCGGUGUAUUUGCAGACGGAGAACACGAGUCUACAAGAGAAGCUGGACUUUGAGGUGCGGAUGCGAGAGGGCGCCUACAAGCUGCUGCUGGCUUGCAGCAAGAGGGAACAAGUCCUGAACGCUUCCAAGAACCUGUUGACCUGCAGCGCCAGGAUCAAGGCGUAUCAGACGCUGCUGCAGAGGCAACGAGAGGAGCAGGGCAUGAUGGGAGCAGCGAGAAGACCUGCAGAGCGUGCAUCGAGUGGACGAGUGGCGUGCUGCGGAACCAUCGCUCUGUCUGGCCUCCGUAUCCCUUUAUUGUGGAGUGAUUCUGAACACUUCAACAACAGAGGAACCUCUCGGCGGGUGGCGGUGUUCUGUUUGAUGAAGAUGGGCUCGGAUGUGUUUGACACAGACAUGGUGGUGUUGGACAGAUCGGUCACUGACAUCUGCUUUGAAGGAGUCACCGUCUUCAAAGAUGCAGUUCCCGAGUUUGACCUGAGGGUGGAGCUGUGGAGCUGUGCGCUGGAGGAAGAGCUGGCUGUGGUGAACACUCCAAAGAAACUGGCGAAGAAGUUUCGUAACUCGUUUGGAAGAGCCUCUGAAAGGAAGCUCUGCCCCCUGCUGGAGAGUCCAGAUGCUGACACCUUCCUGCAGUACAACCCCGUACCCAAUGGAGCCAAAUACAGCCUGCUGGCCUACACCACCCUGGGCCUGCCUGAGGCUGAAGGCAGUUUUCAGUCCCACUCACUCAUCGUUCUCCAAGAUGCUGAAUGGUCGUCAUGGCUUCCACUUUAUGGCAACCUCUGCUGCCAGUUGGCGGCCCAGCCUGUUUGCAUGACACAGAGCAUCAUGAGUGGUUACUUGAAUCAGAAGCAAACUGUGGAGGGGAUGAGCCGCUGCUGCAGUCUUUACUGUGAGCUGAGCGCCGGCUUUUUGUCGUGUCACUUCUCCCCUGAAGAGAUUGAUGCCAAAGUGCAGCCCUGUCUCCGCGUGCCCGUCACUAAGGAGACUCGGAUUCGAGUUGUAGGGAAGGAGUCGGCCGGCCACAAAUCCAGGAGUUUGUCCAUCAUCAACCCUUCACCAGAGGGAUCUCAGACCACAGUCUUCCUCACAGACACCGAGGAAGAGCUGGAGGACUGGCUGGACGCCCUUCACCAGCACAUAUAUGAUCAAAUCCAGUGGCUGCACUGCUGUGACAGCCUAAUGAAAAUCGCAGUUGCAUCACCACGGAAACCAUCCCUCUUUCUCACCAAGCAGGCGGACUCUGUUUACAACGAACUCAGUAUAAGUUCUCCUGGAAAGUUUGAGAGUAUCACAGAUAUCAUCCACAGUAAGAUUGAGGAGACAGACGGCAGCUUCCUCAUUGGCUGUGAGGACAAAAAGGAGGCUCCUGAUUGGUCGACUCUUUUUGACGGGUCGCAUUCCUUAGUCGUGUCCCACAGUAGAACCUCCACUCCGCGUUCGAGCCCCAAGCCCAACACAAACUCCACGCCGCUCAGUAGCAAGAAACGACGCGCUCCUCCUCCUCCGUCGGACAAGGAGCCGUUUGCUGCUCCUCCUCCUCGUCCCGCCCGGCCUCCUCUCCCUCCCCCUCCCGCUCCUCCUUCCAACCAGGAGAAGGAGAACUCCGGCGCUUUCACCGCACGUCCGACCACAAGGUCCAAAACCGGCAGGCCGUCUCUGGACGCCAAAUUCUCCGCCAUCAUUCAGCAGCUCCAGCGGAACGGCGCCGGAGGCUCCGCCUCCCUGCGAAAAAACGCUCCUCUGGGGAUCCGUGAAGUGCAACCGCAGGGGGAGCCUUUACAGCAGCUGGACAACCAAAUUCCUGAAGCCGGCGGCGGCGGCGGCGGUGGCGGCGGCGGCUUCGGUCCAGUUCCUGCGCCGCGCAGCAAGCUGAGGAAAUCUUUCCGAGAACGAAUGAAUGUGAUGUAACCAUAGAAACACAACUGAGCAUGUUGUAAUCUUGGUAAAUAACCUUUUUACUGAUAUAAAAAUCUAAAAACGUCAUUGAAAUACAUUAGUAUAACGCGAGAAUCGGACCAGUUAUCGUCCAAAUGCACAUCCAGAAAAUAACAGGCUGUGAAGCAUCAGCACCACUUCAGAUUUUAUAAAUAAAUGAUCCUUCUCAAACUAAAUAUCAAUAUUGCACAAAUGCAUCUCAAUUUUUGCAGCUAACCUGUUGAUGAAAGCCAUUUUCUGCAUGAGCAUCAUCACUCCAACAAUUUAGUAAAAAGCUGCUUUUUUAUUUUUGAUGCCACCGGGACACAAACUGAAGAAAAGGGAUUUUCAAAAGCACUCAAAUAGAGAUUGAUCCAUCGGCUAACGCUGGAUGAGUCAUUCCUUUUGGAAGCGUCUGCAUAUUCCCCCUCCUCUGACGACUUUAUGACCACUACACCAGAUUUUAAAGGAACACAAUUUUAGGAGCUUUGCGAGCAGUAAUGUGACUUCUCCCUUUCCCCAGAGGUCUUAAUAAUAGAGUGACCUUGGUUUUUACUGGCCACACAAUAUGUCUAACAUAAUUUAACUCUGCAGCCAAUAAAUGCUGUGAACUUUGCAGAAUGAAUGGGCCUUUUGAGUGGCUUCAAUAAUGAAUGCCCUUGUGUAUGUGUUUUGAGCACGCCCCGCACUGCCAACCACUAAAUAUUUUAGCCACUUAAUGAUAUUGUGUUGAAGAAUGGUCGUCAUAAUUACUCAUACUGUAGAAAACAUUACUUUCCCCCUGAAAUCUCUCUAAAGCAGGAGAGGGAAAAGCUGCUGUGACCGUUUUUCUUAUCGGGCUCUCCAAAUUUAGCCACAUUCGGAGGGUGAUGUAGAUUUGUGGGACGGAGGAUUAUGGGAUUUAAAAAGAGAAUGCAGCAGCAAACAUUUCCUCAGAUGGAUACAUUUUUGAUUUUCUACUGCAUGAGUGAUUUAAAACUGAAUUUUGUUCAUAAACUGUAACAUGAUGUAUCACAUUGUUUACACAGUGAAAGUCUAUAAAUGCUUUAUUUGCAGAUGUACUUGUGUUUUAGACUGAAUUCUCCAAAAAAAGUGAAACAGUUUUAUCAAAAAUGGAAGAAAAUGUUCUUUCUUAAUGUCAAAGUGUUUUUUUUAAUGCUAAAUUGUUGCAAUUUUUUGUACGGUUUUUCUUUUUUAUAAAUGCAUUUUCCAGUCUUUCUAAUCUGUAUAAGUAAGUAAUCAUACAAUGAUCUUGUUCUGCAUUAUCUUAGUGCAAUAAAGUUAAAGAAAAACACAAUAA